CAAAACAAAACUUUAAAUUAUAAAAUAAAAUUAAAAUUACGCGUUGGGGUGAGACUAUGCACAAUAUCAAUUCAUCCUGGAUACACAGGAAUCUAAAAAUUAUAUUCCUAUAUAUAUAUAUAUAUAUACAUAGGCCAAAUUUUAUCCGAAGUUCCUCCCAGGAAAUUUUUGCCUGAACCAACAAACACAUUCACUCACGGCUUACGGCCACUUGAAGAUUUAAAAGAAAAAAUUAAAAGCUUCGCGGUAAAUUUGAAUUUGAUAGUUUGCCAUGGACAACAGACCAGCUGAGGAAGCAACUUGUAUGACAUGUGACAUAUGCAAAAUGAAAACAUCUGCCGGCAUUGAGGAUACCUUACAUUUUGGAGAAUGGAUGAAUAAGAGCGAUGUAAAAGUACAUUACUUUUGCCUGCUGCUAUCAACACAUUUACCACAAAAAGGCGAAGAUCAUGGCGGUAUCUUGGGAUUUUUGUUACGUGACAUACGCAAAGAGAUACAUAUGGCCAAGCAACGUACUUGCAUGUACUGCGAAGCAAAAAGCGCCAAUAUAAUGUGCCAUAUAUGCAAGAAAUACUAUCAUCUCGUUUGCGGACACACGAAUCUUUGUUUGUCAGAGUUUACUGGGGAGUUUAAAUCAUAUUGCCGGGCAUGUAUACCACUAAAUGAGAAACAGAAACAAAUGAUGAAGGCUGAAAUAGAACCGUACGAUUAUACUUGUUACAUCUGUAAAACAGGCAUGGGCUUUUACUCCCCAUAUAGCUGGAUAGAAGCAAAAUGUUGCAACAACGGUUACGUUCACCGAGUCUGCAUUAAGAAAUAUGCAUUAAACUCUGGCUACUAUUUAAUCUGCAUUUGGUGCAAGAGUAAAGAAUUUCGGGAAGACGUAAAACGUCUUGGAGUAUUUGUGCCAGAUCGCGAUGCCAAUUGGGAGCGAGAAAAAGGUGCCUAUAGAGAUUUGCAUCGUCCUAGCUUAAGAUGCGAUAUGGAAAUAUGCCACUGCCCUAAAGGACGUGAUUUUUUAAGCAAUAAAUGGAAAAUUAUAAGAUGUACAUUGUGUGGCCUAGUCGGAGCUCAUAAUCCACUUUGCAUACCUGGUUUUGAAAAAGCCAAACAACCACUAAAAGAGAUCAAGUGUGAUACAUGUUCAGUUAUUGAGCAUACAUUGGUUAAAGCGGCCAACCAGUCAAGAAAUAUAAAUGAAACUCUGGAUAUAGACACCAGCUUGUACAUGACGAAAACCUGUCGCGGUACUACCGUCUCACCACACAGCGAAAUCACAGAAUUUUCAGAUGAAGACUCUGAAGACUCAAAGGUCACGAUAAUAAACAAUGCACUCAUUUCAAAUACCAUGUCCAUGACAGAUAUUGUGGUGCCAUUAUUAACUCAAUCCACCGAAACAGAAAGUCUCUUGGAAAAAAGCCAAGAUAAACAGCAUGUGUCAACUGAUAAAUCGUAUGAUUUACAUAAUAUGAAUAAAUCCUUGGACAAAUGCGUCUUGCAAUCAACUGAAACAGAAAAGCUUAUAGAAAAAGGCUCCAAAAAAGAUGCAUCACAAGAUAUGGCAAAAACUUUGGAAAAAUGUGUCAGCAAUGAAAACGGCAAUGCCUUGCUUCAAUUAGAAAAUUGUAACAAGGAAAGCAGUGGACCUCCCCCACCACACCUUAUUCAAAUGGCAGUAGAUCAUAUGCUAGCUCUAUUCGAUCCAUAAUAUAGCAUGGACUAAUGAAUUUUGAGCCGUAAAUAAAGGUUAAGAAACAGCUAAAUUUUUGUAUAACUUACGUUAUUUUCUUUUUAUGUGCUAAAUAUAAAACAGAUAUUAAAAAGUUUUAA